AGCGGCAGCCCAAGCGCUGAGCGCCGCCGGACUACAGCCCCCGGAGCUCUGUGCGGCAGGGGACGCCUGCGCCGUCCGCACCCUGCGGCUCCGCCGUGCAUUGUGGGCAGGGAGCUCCAAAAUGGACAACCCCAGGGAUGCACCAGGCAAAGCCAGCCGGUGGUUCGGGGUGGCGCAGUCCAAGUCGGCCAAGACGAACGUGAACAUUCUUCACCAGGAGGAGUUGAUAGCGCAGAAGAAGAGAGAGAUCGAAGCGAGGCUGGAGCAGCAGGCCAGGCAGAACUCCCUCAGCAUCCAGCAGCUCCCUCUGCUCGGAGAAGAGGACGGUUCUGAGGGUGAAGGCUGUGUUUCCAACAAGUUUGUUAACGAUGGCAGUUUCCUCCAGCAGUUUCUCAAGCUGCAGAAGGAAAAGUCAAGUACUGAAACUCCUCCAAGUUCUGCCAACCACUCAACAAAUGCUUCUGCACCACAUGUGGGGAAGAAACCUUUGCUCUUUGGGAAGAGACCAGGUCAGGUCCUCAGCAGCAUGCUGCAGCAGGCCAAGAAUUACUCCCACUCCAAACAGAGCCCUGUGGUUAACCGCCUCAGUGUCUUCCAGUCACCUGAUGAGGAUGAGGAGGAAGAUUAUGAGCAGUGGUUGGAAAUUAAAGUUUUACCCCCAGAGGACCUGGAGACCCGGCAGGUGGUGGAAAAGCUGGCCAGGUUCGUGGCUGAAGGGGGCCCAGCCUUAGAGAAGCUUGCAAUGGAGGACUACAAGGAUAACCCAGCCUUUGCGUUUUUGCAUGAUAAGAACAGCAGAGAAUUCCUUUACUACAGAAAGAAAGUGGCAGAGAUAAGAAAGGAGAACCAAAGUUCUCAGACAACCUCUUCUCAGAAAGUUUCACCCCCAGAGGAUGAAGAGACAAAGAGCUCUGCUGAGACACUGGCCAGGUUCAUAGCAGAUGGGGGGCCCGAGAUGGAAGCUAUUGCCUUGCAGAAUGCCAGAGAGAACCCAGCUUUCAGGUUUUUGUGUGAACCCAACAGCAAAGGCUACAAAUACUACAGGCAGAAGCUGGAGGAGUUCCGGAAGGCCAAAAGCAGCUCCGUGUGUGCCUCUCUGCCUGGCCCAGAGCCCAGCCUGAAGAGGAAGAGCAGCCCUGAAGCCUCCCCCUCGCCUCUCCGGGCAGCAUCUUUGCCCCUUCCCUCACCUGUACCUUUGCCCCUGCCCAUUCCCUCACCUUUGGCCAUUCCCUCGCCCUUGCCUGCUCCCCCAGCCUUGCCCUUGCCCUCGCCUUCAUCAUCCUCUACAACCCCCUCUGAGCAAACAGCUGCCACUGCUGCUGCCACAGCAACCACAGCCACUGCUGCUGGCACCACUAAAAAGAAGAGGAAGAGCAGGUGGGGGCCAGAGGAGGACAAGGUGGAGCUGCCCCUCCCUCAGCUUGUCCAGCAGCUGGAUUCUCCCUCCCCUCUUUCAGUUCAGGACCUGAAGGGUCUUGGUUAUGAAAAAGGGAAGCCAGUCGGCCUGGUGGGGGUGACAGAGCUCUCUGAUGCCCAGAAGAAGCAGCUGAAGGAGCAGCAGGAGAUGCAGCAGAUGUAUGAUAUGAUCAUGAAGCACAAGAGAGCCAUGCAGGAGGUGCAGGUGAUGUGGGAAAAGGCCAUCCAGCAGCAUGAGCAUGGCUAUGACAGCGACGAGGAGGUGGACAGCGAGCUGGGCACCUGGGAGCACCAGCUGCGGCGCAUGGAGAUGGACAAGACACGAGAGUGGGCUGAGCAGCUGACCCAGAUGGGCAGAGGGAAACACUUCAUUGGAGACUUUCUUCCACCUGAUGAGCUGGAGAAGUUCAUGGAGACCUUCAAGGCGCUGAAGGAAGGACGUGAGCCAGACUACUCUGAGUACAAAGAGUUCAAACUGACUGUGGAGAACAUUGGUUACCAGAUGCUGAUGAAGAUGGGCUGGAAAGAAGGCGAAGGGCUUGGCUCAGAUGGGCAGGGGAUUAAGAACCCUGUCAGCAAAGGAACCACAGCUGUGGAUGGAGCUGGCUUUGGCAUCGACCGCCCUGCCGAGCUGACCAAGGAGGAUGAUGAGUACGAAGCCUUCCGCAAGCGCAUGAUGCUGGCAUACCGCUUCCGACCCAACCCCCUGAACAACCCGAGGAGACCUUACUACUGAGGCUGCAGAGGGGAAGACAAAGAAAAGAAGAAGUCUUUUUCAAACCAAUUGUCCUUUUCCUGAGAGAUGUUCCCAAGCUGCAUCACCAUUCUCUUUAUUUCCUCAUCUUGACAACCUUCUGGAAGCCACAAGGAGCAUCUCCCACCCGGGAGGAAGGCCCCCAACCCCCCACCACCACCUCACAGCACACUCCAAUGGCACAACAAACCUGUCCUGGCAAAGCCUGAGUGAUGCUCAGAGAAUGAGAAGAGGAGAUCCUGACACAGUGCCAGUGCAAAGACAGCACCAAAGACACCAACAGGGGACAGUUCAGGGCCUUCAUUUGGCUUCAGCUCAGUGCCAUCCUCUGAGGAAUUCCUGAGUUCUUUUUGGGGUGAGGUUUUUUUUUUGCCCAGCAGCAGAUCCUCUGCUGAGAUUUUUGUUUUCCCUCCCCCUCCCCUCAAUUUGUGCUGCUCUGGGCUUUGGUUGGGGUUGGUUUUUGUGACAAACACAGCAAAGGACUGGCUCAGCCCCAGCUUUUUGGGGCCUGUUGCUCGGUCAGGCUCUUGGUUGCUCCCUCAAGAACUGAGUUCUGCAGCUGGUGUGAAGCCACAAGUGAAGUCUGACCUGCACCAGUGCCUCCUGCUUUGACCUCUGCCCUGGGAAAGGAGUUGUGGAUCAGGUUGGAGCGUGGCUGAGGGGCACAGGAAGCUUCCUUCACCUUCAGGGGCAGCAGCCUCUUGCUUUCCUGAACACUAAACUCACCCUCAGCUUCCCAGGGAAGCAGGAGCCUUGCUCACGACUUUGUGGCUGGGGGGUGAGGAAGGGCCAAGGCCUUCAGCACAGCUUAGCAAAGGCCAUUUGGGUUUUGUUGUCAGGAGAAGCUCUCUACAGGCACCAAUUUUCAUCCUGCAGUCUGUAAAUACAUUAAAAGUCAUUUCCUUA